AUGGCAACCACAGCCCGGUUCGCGGCCGGGGGCAGCAACAGUCCGCCCAUUCCCGCCCCCGCUGACUCGCCACCCGCCCAGCCGCAGCAGACGCAGCUCAUCGUGCUGCCCGCCAGUCUGCAGACAACUUCAUCUGGUGCAACCAUAGUGAAUGGCGUACCGGUUAUUGACGUAUCAGCCUUAGAACAAGCAGCAGAUUCGAGCAACGAAAGUAGUGCUACAGCAGAACAUCAAACUGAAAGUCACGAAACUGACCCCCUUGCUACAACUUCGCCCCACUUCAUCACUGUUACAGUUGCUGAAGGAGAUACUGUGGCUUCUCAUCAAGGUUACCAUAUACAGUAUGUCGAGCCAGAAAUUUAUGCUUCACAGACCAAUGGUGGGCAAACACAAAUGGCGUAUCCGGUAUAUACCGUAGGCGAAUCGGCCACUCUCUAUCCCAUAGCGAACGCCGGUCAAGGUCACGGCCAGUAUUACGCCGCCACGAAUACUGGCACCACGACAGUCACCGGUACUGUCGGCUACACCACCACCGGCGGACAGUACGUCGUACAACAUACGGUAGAUGCAGAUUCGCUCAUACCAUCUAACAGGGUGUCACCUCAAACCACUAAUGCGGACACGAGUUACAUUGCCACAGCUACCGUGCAUGCGUCUCAGUCUUCGGGACAUGUGGUGGCAGGCGAUGACGUCGGAUCGGCCUUGGGACAUGCUACCAGGGUGUCCCCUGCUACAGUACAGUGGUUGCUGGAGAAUUAUGAAACUGCUGAAGGUGUAUCAUUACCGCGUUCUACUCUAUACUCUCACUACCUCAGACAUUGCGCCGAUCACAAAUUGGAGCCCGUCAAUGCUGCCUCCUUUGGAAAACUCAUAAGAUCGGUUUUCUUGGGAUUAAGAACACGCAGGUUGGGAACAAGGGGCAACUCGAAAUACCACUACUACGGCAUCCGAGUGAAACCCGGCUCGGCGCUGAUGAACAUCGAGGACCAGAGCAGCCGCGUCGUCCUCAACUCUACGGCCGGCUCUGGCAAGGCGCAGGGCACCGUGCGUCCCUUCAAGCGCAACGCCGACUCGGCCGACGCGGCGCCCAACAACGGCGCCCUGUCGCAGCACGUGGCCUACUUGGGCGACGGCAGCAGCUCCAUUCCCGCCUUUCCCGACAUCAGGUUCGUGGAGCCGCUGCCCGACGAUUGCGGCUACGAGGACGUCGACACGCUGAAGUCGAUCUACAGGGAACACUUGGAGGCGUUUCUGGACGCCAUUUUGAGCUUGGAGUUUGCUACGGUCGAGUCGCUGUGGAGGGAGUUUUGGAGGUCGCAGUAUAACAACAAUAGUGAUGAAUGCGAGGAGGAAAAGUAUCUGUCAAAGUCGAAGCUGUUUUCACUCUGCAGCUUGGAGCCGGUUCAGCAGUUCAUGCGACAGAUCGAUCUCGUCUUCUAUCAGAACCUUAUUCAAGUUUUGGUGCCUGAUGUACUCAAACCCAUUCCUGCUACUUUGACACAAAGCAUAAGAAAUUUCGCAAAAAACCUGGAGAGCUGGCUGACGACGGCGAUGGCCGGCGCUCCCCCGGCCAUGCUCCAAAUCAAGCUGACGGCCGUCUCGGCGUUCGGAUCCAGUCUGCGUCGGUACACGUCGCUGAACCACCUCGCGCAGGCCGCCCGAGCGGUGUUACACAACAGCAACCAAAUCGGCCAGAUGCUGGCCGAUCUCAACCGAGUCGAUUUCCACAGCGUGCGAGAACAAGCGUCGUGGGUAUGUCAGUGCGACAACGAGAUAGUCGCCCGGUUCGAGAACGACUUCAAGCUGACGCUGCAGCAGCAGAACUCCUUGGAGCAGUGGGCCUCCUGGCUGAAGAACGUAGUGAAAAGCGCCCUGAAGCCCUACGAGGGCAAGCCGAGUUUUUCCAAGGCCGCCAGGCAGUUCCUGCUCAAGUGGAGUUUCUACAGUUCAAUGGUGAUUAGAGAUUUGACGCUGAGAUCUGCUGCCAGUUUUGGGUCGUUUCAUCUGAUCCGGCUGCUCUAUGACGAGUACAUGUUUUAUCUGAUCGAGCAUCAGGUGGCCGAAGCAACUGGAGUCGUACCAAUCGCCGUCAUCUUGGAAGGAAUUAAGCAGGACAUUAUGGAGAACAGCUUGAGCGUUUAUGGAAAUAAUGACUUCACAUCAUCCAAACUGACAUGUGUCAGUCCACCAGAGCCCAUAUCGAAACGUCCUAAAAUUAGCUAG